AAAACACCGCGAUCGACCAUCAUGACAUCGCAAGGAACGAUCCUGCAAUGGGUCCAGCACCAGAGAAAGCCGUCGACGGUCGGGACGAAGGGAACGCCGCUGGGCGCAUCUAAGAAUCCAGGGGGACGUAGUGGCUCCUCGACGGAGUAUGAGAUGCCGACGAAGCGCGUGAAACGAUGUGAGCAGACCGACGACACGGACGGAGAAGCGGGGUCGAGCCAAGAGAGCAACAUGCUUGAUCCCCCUCUCUUUGAUCUGGGCAUCCCGUGUGUCCAAAGCAUUGACACGUACACCAUGGUAGAUGAUCAGUCGUCGUCCGAGUUGCAGUCCCAAAGUCCGUUGGAAACGCGCAAGAUGAUCAAGGACAGCGUUCACGGUUGCAUCUACCUCGAACCUCUCUGCAUGGAGAUCAUCGACACCGUCCACUUUCAACGACUGCGCCACUUGAAGCAAUUGGGCGCAUCCUACUUUGUCUACAUGAGCGCGACACAUUCCCGCUUUGAGCAUUCCGUCGGUGUCGCGCACCUGGCCGAGGUGAUGCUUACCCAGUUGCGCCUGCAUCAACCUUGGCUCGACAUCACCGACCGAGAUAUCCUGUGCGUCAAAGUUGCAGGCUUGUGCCAUGAUCUAGGUCAUGGCCCAUUCAGUCACGUAUAUGACGGCAUUUUCAUGCAGCAACUGCACGAGCGCGGGCUGGACUAUCCCGCCAUGCGUGGGUGGACCCACGAGCAAGGGUCAUUGGACAUGUUGAACGCGCUGCUGGUCGAGUAUCGCAUCGACGUGACGGCCUACGGACUCGAAGCCAUCGACUUGGACUUUAUCCGCGAACUUAUAUUGGGCCAUCCCGUCGGGAAACACUCUGCCAAGUUGUUUACCGGCCGGCCAACCAAGCCGUUUCUGUACGAAGUCGUCAACAACGCCAAGACCGGCUUGGACGUGGAUAAAUUAGACUAUUUCAUGCGAGAUGCCCAGUACACGGGCGCCAAAGCCAGCUGCGACACGCACCUGCUGCUGUCGACCAUGCGCGUCUUGCCUGACGCCACGACCGGCGUCCUCACCAUGUGCUGGCCUGACAAAAUGGCCGAACAAGUCAUGAAGGUGUUUCGCACGAGAUAUGAUCUCCAUCAAGCUGUGUAUCAGCACAAGGCAACGCGGGCAAUUGAGUACAUGAUUUGCGACAUUUUACUCGAAGCCGAUAUCGCCGACUUUCGGAUUCGAGGAGCGCGUAUAGCUCAAGCUCCGUUGGAUAUGGUAAGGGCUUAAGAUAUCACUACAUAUAUCACGUACUAUAUAUACACCUCGUCAAUGAAUAUGCUUCUUUGUUUUCAUGUUGUAGAACGCGUACAAGUGCCUGGACGACCGAAUCUUGGCGUUGAUUGAAACCAGCGAUGACCCAAAAUUGGCCAAAAGUCAAGCGAUUUUAAACCAAAUUGCCACAAAACCACUGUACAAGUGGGCUGGGACGACGCAAGUAACGGCACACUCCAAGGCGCGGACACCGCUGCAAAUCAAGCUCGAAAUUGCCGCCAUGGGAAGCGGUGGUGGGGUCAACCCCACGCAGCUCAUCGUGGAAAUGAAUAGCGUUCAUUUUGGCCAAAAACACAAGGACCCGAUGCAUGCGAUGCGGUUCUUUCGCAAACAUGCGACGACAUCUGCUACGUGUUUUCAACUGCACGAAACCACCUAUGCCAUGCAUUGCCCUAAGUAUUUCAUGGAGUCGAAUGUUCGGUUGUUUGUACGGGACGUCCGCUACGCAGAAGCGGCUCGUCGUGCGUUUGCCAUGUGGUGUAGUCAUCAAAAUAUGUCGACCGUGUAUCCCCAAGAAGCGUGACGAGGGAUUUGUCUGUAAUGUGAACGUGAUUACAUGGGGGUCUGCAGUAUAUAUGUUCUGCUAGAAUGCAAAGGGCGGAAAUCGUUUGCGAUUUACGAGCAGUCGAUUAUAUGUACAGGUG